AUGGUCCAUGGCAUGCCUAAAUCAAUAAGGACUUUGCAAAACAAUGGGUCCAAGAUCUCAUUCUCUAAUGAUUUUGCUAAUACUCAGCAAACAUUAAGGCAUGAACAUGGUUACAAAGAGGCACCUGUUUCCUCCGAUUUCAAGUUUUCAGUCUCUGGUUACAACAUGAUUCCAGCUGAUGAAGUUUUCUUCAAGGGAAAAUUGUUGCCCUUGAGAGAAAACAGCACAAAGGCAACAACACUUAAAGAUGAACUCCUUGCUGCUGAUGAUGAUUAUGAUGAUAUAUUUCCAUCAAUAGGAAAGGGGAGCUGGAAAGAAUGUUUUGGUUUUAAGAGGUCAUCUCAAAUUUCGCCAAAGAAAGCUGAUAAUAAAGACACAAAGAUGCCUGAUUUCUUCAAUGACAUUAUCACAGGAGCUAAUUGAAGAUUGAAGAGGAAGGAUAAGCAAUGGUAAUGGUAACGUAGAUUUCUUAACCAUCUAGUAUCACAAGUAUACUGAAAAUAAGCUCAAAACAUAAUCACAUGCUAC